GCCAGGCGGCUGGUGGGCUGCGCCGGCGUCUCCGCGCUUCGCACUUGUCGCUUGUGGAUAACUCGCUGCUCUCCGACUGCGCACACCAUGACUCUGGAAGAAGUCCGUGGCCAGGACGCCGUUCCGGAAAGCACAGCCAGGAUGCAGGGCGCCGGGAAAGCGUUGCACGAGUUGCUGCUGUCGGCGCAGCGCCAGGGCUGUCUCACCGCCGGCGUCUACGAGUCCGCCAAAGUCCUGAACGUGGACCCCGACAAUGUGACUUUCUGCGUGUUGGCGGCCGACGAGGAGGACGAAGGCGACAUCGCCCUGCAGAUCCAUUUUACGCUGAUCCAGGCGUUCUGCUGCGAGAAUGACAUAGACAUCGUGCGCGUGGGCGACGUGCAGCGGCUGGCGGCCAUCGUGGGCGCGGGCGAGGAGGCUGGCGCGCCGGGAGACCUGCACUGCAUCCUCAUUUCGAACCCCAAUGAGGACGCGUGGAAGGACCCCGCCUUGGAGAAACUCAGUUUGUUUUGCGAGGAGAGCCGCAGCGUCAACGACUGGGUACCCAGCAUCACCCUUCCCGAGUGACAGCCCGGCGGGGACUUUGGUGUGAACGACGUGGUGACGCCCCGGGGCGCCUAGCGCGCGCCUGGCUCUGGAAAGGGGCCCUAGAGGGAGCCCGAGCGCGCGGCGUGGAGGCUGGCAGGCGGGGCGCCUGAUGGGCGCGGAGGCGCGGCACCCCACGAGGGGCCCGGCGGCGGCGGCAGGGGCAGGCUGGCUCAAGCGGAGGACGCUGCGAGUGUCUGGAGCGUCUGGAGCGGCUGCUCGCCCAGGAAGGCCGAGGCGGGGACGUUGGCCGCAGGGCCGGGGGAAGGACAGACUGGCCCAGCCGGCGUGACUCAGCAGGAGGCGGGCAGGGGCGAGACGGCCUGGACUUGGUUCAGCUGCAGAAAGCCUGCGGGAUUUGCGGACUGCGCUGCCUUCUCCCAAGCGGAUCGGGCAAAUGCUCCCGUCUUGCGAAGGAUGCUGCCGUGGCAGCUUUUUGAGUCUUACAAUAAACUCCUUGAAAUAAACUUCAUGU